AUGGAUCCACCUACCUCUCGCAUUCCCUUUUGGAAAAGCGAGGCUCCCUUCCAACGACCUCCUGCGUCUCUCAAAAAAAAAAAACCCUACACGGCGCAAACUCAUAGACCUCACAGCAUUGCAUCGGAAGAGUAUCAAGACCGAGGGCCUCCUACCAUGCCGGAGCACCGCUCCCCCACUUCUCCGGACACCACGCCUCCGUCUCUCCGAUUCGUGAACAACUCCGCCCAACCGGAACCGAGGAAGAAGGUGGCCCAUAGGAAGAGCAGGGGGGGAUGUGCGCCAUGUAAAAAAAGAAAGGUCAAGUGUGACGAAGUGUUCCCCUGCUCAAACUGCCUCCGGCGGAAUGAGACCUGCGCCCCGCCGCCGAAGCCGGCAAGCCCCGAGGAUGGAGACCGGCCCCCGGCUCGGAGGCCGCUCGACACCUCGGGGCCCGUGAACCUCUUGCACAUGGAGCUCUUCCACCACUUCCAGCACGCGACGAUCCCCACCCUCUGCUUCGCCGACCUCUGGCCGUCCGUCGUGCCGCUCGCCUUCGGGGACGACUACCUGAUGACGGCCAUGCUCGCCGUCGCCGCACGCCACCUCAGCAUCCUGCGGCCCCACGAGACGGCGUACGCGGACGCCGCCAUGGCUCUGCUGUCCCGCAGCUGCGCCCUCUUCGGCGCCGUGCUCGACCGCGGCGACGACAAGUACGACCCGCUGUUCUUCACCGCGCAGCUCAUCCACUAUCUGGCCUGGUGCAAUCUGGACUUCCUCCCGGACGGGGGGGAUGCUGCCGCCCCGGGCAGCCCGGCGCUGGACCUCUCGCGCGACCGGCUCUUCCUCCUCGGCUCCGGGGUGAGGGUCUUUCUCUCCAGCGCACGAGCGCACGGCUCCGGCAGCAUCUUUGCCCAGGCGUGGCAGAACUCCCAGUGCGGCGCGCUCGAGCUGAUUGUCGCGGAGCAAGGGAUGGACCGCGACAGCAUCGUCGAGGGCUUCAUGGAGCGUUACGACGAGCUGGGGCGCGGUGCUGGCUGCGCGGCCCAGGACGGCGAGGAGCGUGCCUCCUUCCGGUCCAUCGUCGAUCUGCUGUCGGUCGUGCUGGCGCUCUGGGAGUAUCGCGAGACCAACACUCGGCCGGCCGGGAGGCCCGACCUGGAACGCCACAUCCUCGCCUUCCCGCUCUUCUGCUUCGGGCCGUUCCUCGACAUGGUGGUCGCCAACGACUCGCGAGCGCUGCUUGUGCUGUACCACUUUUACACCGUUUCGCGGCUGCUCCUCGGGGCCGGCGCCGCCUGGUGGGCCUCCGGCCGGCUGGAGACCAUGUCGCGGUCGAUCAAGCAAGAGCUGGCAAGGCGGGGACUGGGGACUCGGGUGAGGGGGUUGGGCUCUUAA